ACAAAACGUGAAUCAUAGUGUUGUUACCAAAACCCAUUAGUGUAGCGACAACUGUCCUUUCACAUCCUUAUACAAAUUCUCUUCCCUCCGGUCAUCUCGGAAACUUGUAUCAUCGACAAAACAUAAAUACUAAUGGAGCACCACCACCAGCAUCACCGUCACCACCAACGCGACGACGGAGAAGACGAUCGUCAAUCCUUUGGAGUACCACCGCCACACGUCGAUGCUCCGCCACAACCUCAUGGUCUUUACCAGUCACAGCCUCAUUUUGAUCCUUACGCGCCUACUCCUCAAGCUCCGGCGCCUUACCGAUCAGAAACUCAAUUCGAACCCCACGCGCCUCCGCCUUACCGAUCAGAGCCUUACUUUGAAACUCCGGCACCACCGCCUUCAUUUGGUCAUGUGAGUCAUGUUGGUCACCAAUCACCCAACGAAUCUUACCCACCGGAACACCACCGUUACGGAGGUUAUCAACAGCCGUCUAAUUCCUUACUGGAAAGUCAUGGAGAUCACAGUGGAGUCACGCACGUGGCUCACCAUAGCUCAAAUCAGCCCCAAUCGUCUUCUGGUGUCUACCACAAGCCUGAUGAGAAUCGUCUACCUGAUAAUCUUGCUGGACUCGCCGGAAGAGCAACGGUGAAGGUGUAUUCCAAGGCGGAGCCUAACUAUAAUUUGACGAUCAGAGAUGGUAAGGUUAUUCUCGCCCCAGCGGAUCCAUCUGAUGAAGCACAGCAUUGGUACAAAGACGAGAAGUAUAGUACUAAAGUGAAGGACGCAGACGGUCAUCCUUGUUUUGCUCUUGUAAACAAAGCUACUGGUGAAGCAAUGAAGCAUUCUGUGGGAGCUACUCAUCCCGUGCAUCUGAUUCGAUAUGUGCCUGAUAAGCUUGACGAGUCAGUACUAUGGACAGAGAGCAAGGAUUUUGGCGAUGGAUAUCGCACAAUAAGAAUGGUAAACAAUACGAGGCUAAACGUGGAUGCAUAUCAUGGUGACAGCAAAUCUGGUGGUGUACGUGAUGGCACGACUAUCGUCCUCUGGGACUGGAACAAAGGCGACAACCAGCUCUGGAAGAUCUUUCCUUUCUGAAAAUUGGCGUCUGGAGUGGUAAAAAGUUCCUUUGUGUGUGCUGUAUGAAUAAGAAAGAAACAAAACUCAGAUUUAUUCAUUGUUUGUGUCUUGUAAAGACUUGAGUUUGUGCUGUUGGCAUCUGUAAUCUAUCUUACUUGUAUUCCAAGUAUGUUUUUACAGAUACAUUACAUACACUGUCUAUAUGUGUAUACUUUUUUCCUAAUCUAUUUUGAGAUCUUUCUUUUUCCUUUUGGGAGAUAUAAACGACAGAUUGUUAUCGAAUUAUGUUGAUUAGUUUAUUUUAGCAGACUUUCG